UUAAUGGCAUCUUUUGUCAAAUCAACAAAGAAUGCCGACAAAUUAGUUUUUGAAGGAUUUAUUUACGUAAAAUACAAAAAUGGUGCUGCCAACAAGCGUUAUUGGAGAUGUGAAUAUUGGCGAAGUUGUAAAUGUUAUGGUUUUGCUGUAACCAAUGCAAAUAAUGAAGUGACUGUAACAAAACAACACAAUCAUGGGCCUUCACCAAACAGAAUUGAAUUGGCUAGAAUUAAAGACAGAAUUACCCAAGCUGCUAUUAAUUCUACUUUGUCUCCUAGAGAAAUUGUUAAUGAACAAUUGGCUGGGAUUAGUGAACAGGCUAAGGCAACACUUCCCAAAUUUGUAAAUCUCCAAAAAACAGUUGGUCGAAAACGUUAUGCUGAUGGAUAUCGAAUGCCUUUGCCCAAUUCUCUUUCAGAAAUUGAAAUUCCCGAACAAUUGAGGCGAACAAAAACUGAACUUCAAGAAGAAUUUAUUUUGGUAGAUACGGGGCCUGCUGAUCCAAAUCGAAUAAUUCUUUUGGGUUCUAGAACGGAUGUUGCUAGGUUGGCAGGUUGUGAUGUUUGGAUUUGUGACGGGACUUUUAAAAAUGGUGGAAAUGUUCAAACAUUAUAUCAACUUUGGAUAAUUUAUGGCCGUUUUGGACGUUCUUUUGUUCUUCCAUUUAUUUAUAUUUUAAUUCCUUCAAAAACAACAGACUUUUAUUUGAGAUCCAUAGAACUUUUACUUGUCAAAAUUGAUGAAAUAACUCCUGGUUCUCGUCCACAAACAAUAAUUAUUGAUUUUGAAAAAGUUGAAGAACAAGCUUUAAGAAAUGCUUUUCCUUAUGCAAUAAUUCAUGGAUGUUUCUUUCAUUUUAAAGAAUCUAUAUGGAGAAAAAUACAAGAAUUUGGUUGGGGAUUACAACAUCAAGAAGAAGACGGUUUUCUUAAAUAUUUAAAAAUGUUUGUUUGUCUGACUUUUGUUGAUCCAGGUUUUUUUUUUAAUUUUAUUAUUUUGUUAUUACUUUGGGUUGUUUUGUUUCAAGGACAAAGGGGACUUCUUUGA